AAGACGGUCUCUCCUGCAGCACUCACACACACUCUCACCACUGGCUGUGGAUUCUCCAUCUUAUUCCAUACAUCUGUAGGCCGUUUUGCCAGAGAGCCAGCCAAACCCGCCUCAGGGAGCAGGAGAAUGGAGAACAACAUGUGACCGAUCCGUGCGCCUCUGUCGACAGCAUGCUUCGCCUCCACCGGACCUUGGUGCUCUGCUUCUGGUGUUUUUUGCUACUUCACAGGCAGGCUGUGGCUGACGAAGAGGCCUUCUGGGGACCAACACCACCAAGAGAAAACCCACCUGAAAAUAAGUCAAGAUGGUUUUGGACCCCGUCUCUGCCAAAGAUCCCAUCCUUUCCCUCACUGCCGUUCAGUAUCCCUUUUUAUGGAAGCUCGGACAGUAACAACGAGGCUGCUGCGUCGACCACAACCGCCAAGGUGCUGACAGAACCAAUCAAUCACUUCCAAGACUCGGGUUCAGGGGAAGGGAGCAAUUCUGAGGCAUCUGAACCAUCCACCACUUCAACCCAGGGGCUUCUAACCAGCGUGACAAAGAUAAGAGCUGAAUCACUUCCCACGGGGACAUCAGAUUCUCCACACAGCAGCAUAGCGCAGACCGACAAUGAUACUCUUGUUUCAGACUCCCACUCUCCCACAAGCAGCUCUAUCAGAAGCACUCUGUUCACCAACAGUCCCACCAGCACAAACGCUCCUGAACAAAAUGCAACACAUACCAGCCCACCACAGGGUACCACACAAGCAGCUGGACCCAGCAUGGGUGCCACUGCACAACACCUCCCAAAGGAACACACUGAUAAAGAGGUGGCUGAAGAUUUUACAGGAAAGAUCUCUUCGACGAUAGCACCAGAAACUACAGUUCCCACUGCCUUGACAUGGGCAUCAGCCCAGUCCACCACAACAAACCCAGGACUGGUAGAGACCACACUGACCAGCAGACUCCCUCUGAGGUCUGUUACUCCCACUACGUCCUCAGAAACCACAUUUGUCCGAAAACCCCAAAGCUCAACUGUCAGUGUUCCCCUCCGAACUGGAGAGGCCGCAAUGGCAGAAACUCAACCCACUCAGAGUGAGACUGACCCGAGUUUCUCCGAGGCCAGGUCGGGGCCCACGGAGGAACAGUGGGGGGUAAUCACGACUGCCAUGGGCAUUGAUCACAGACAAGCACUGGAAUCCAUAACAAGCACAGCUCAGAGCCAAAGGGUUAACUUCCCAAUCGCAGGAGAGCUGCCAGUCAAAGAGGAUAAGGAGGAUGAGGAGGCUGAGGAAGGUGUGGUCCCUUCAGCUGUAGAUGGGGAUGCCGACACCAGGAGGUUGGCAGACACUUCCACGCCAUCCGCUAAGCUGCUAGCAACAUCCCUGCCACAGAGCACAGGCAUUCCCACCAAAACUCCACAUAUUCCUCUCUACACUGAAGACUGGAUGUCCAACGCGGAGGACAGCAACACCACCUUCCUUCCAGACUGCAAUAAAGAACGCUCCGGGAUCUGCAACCUCUCGGACACCUGGUACCCCGCCACUACCACCGCCUCGGACAUCAGACCCACACAAAACACCACUGCCACGAACCAAUCAGUCAACCCUUUCCUCAUCCCAGCUCCACCCAUGUUGGUUCCCCUGUACACCGACUGGAACAGUGCCAUGGCUGCUUGGGGCCUGGCCUGGGAGGCACAUGUUUAUGGCGCUGGUUGUGUCUUUGCGAUGCUAACGCUAGCCUCAGCGCUCAAUCUGCUCUGCUUGCCACUGCGAUGCCCAUCAGGAUGUGGCUACUUCGCUCUGGUCAGCCUGUUCCUCCUAGCUGCCGGUUGUACCAGAUCUUUCUCGCUCCUGUACGACGCCUACGGCCACCAGGAUCGCUUACCCUCCACCGAGGCCUCACUGAUGCUCUAUGAGGCCCCGUUUCCCUGCCUGACUGCAGCUUUCGGCCUGGUUUUCCUUCUCCUCUCUAUGCGCUCAAGAAUGCAGCUCUCCUACUCAGCCUUCCAGAGACCCUGUUUUCUGGCCUGCCUGGUCGUCCUGCACUUUGCUGCUGCAUUUGGUCCAGUGGCAUUACUGAAGUUCUACCAGCAAAAGCCUCCCCUUUGCCUAUUUCUUUCACUCAUCUCCCGUGGGGCCUUUGUAGCACUGGCCACAUUUCUGUCUACUGCCUAUUUUGUGUUCUACAUCUACGUGCGGGCAGACUCGAAGCACAUCUACCACCUGAACAACACUUCUCCCACACCUGCUGAGCGCUACAACCGCUGUCCCUUUGCUGAGAGCCGCGACUGGGACCGUGCAGCUGUAACCGUUUGUCUUUCAGCAUUGUUUUCUCUAGCAUGUGCAGGACUGCAGUUAUAUGCAAUGCUCAAUGCUAUGGGUGUUGCAGGUGGAGAGGAGGUGUUCCACCCCUGGCCCUGGUGGGCUUUUCAGUUUAGCUGCAGACUCUGUGAGCUUGGAGUUUGUCUCACCUUAGCCUUGGUGGUUGCACAACCAGUCUACUGUUCUGACCACCUUCCAGCUGCAGGAAGUUGCUGGACUGAACUGUUGGCGUCCAAAUCGCCCAUUCUGCCUGGGAGCUACCAGUGGGCCUUGAGCCAGCAGGAGAAACUCGCCAUUGUUGACACAGUUGGGCUUGGAGAGACCGAGAGCCUUCCUCUUUACACUCUGAUGGAUGAGAGGCUUGGUAGUAGUCUGAACGGCCUGGACCUCCUCUACCACAGCAACCGGGCCUUAGCAUACCGAGACCUGGACCUGGAUAUGGACUUACAGGGGUCAGAAAAACCAGAGGAUGGAGGAGGCAGAGAGCCAUCAGGUGCAUCCUCAUUUACCAGUGACUCCACUACAGAUCUGCGGCCACCUUCGCCCAUCAACCUGCGUCGCAGCAUAGACGAGGCGCUCUUCAGUGAGGCCCUCUUUCCCAUGAGCCUCUUCAGCCCUGCAAGGCCUCUUCAUUGCAGUGACUUAUCCAUAAACAACCACUGUGCACUUCCAAGCAACGGCCUCUGUGAUCCUCUCUCGGCUGACCCCGGUCUUUAUCGGACUUCUUCCUGCGUGGAGAUGGUCUGUCAACCCCAGCCCCCUACUACCCAACCUCAAGGAGAAACUGUUGUAGGCGCUCCACCAUCUCCCUCCUUGUCCUCCACCUCCAGCUGUUCAUCUCCUGAACGCUGGAGGGACAGCUCUUCCUCCUGUUCCCUCUACAGAGCCUCUCUCGGGGGUUCCUCGCUGGUCCUCUGCCCGAGCCCAGAGAGACAUGCUCAGCAGCUUCUCCAGCAAGGGGGCACGGGCCAUGUGGCGUCCUCUGGCCACCAGGCCCAUGCUGACCCACAGAGGCACUAUCAUACACUGGGCGCGGCCUCACAGGAGAGCCUGGACCUGGACAUGUCAUCUGAGGCAGACCGGUCGGUGCAGGAGGAGUUCAUCAGUGUUUGCAGACAAAUCGAUGCUUUGAGCAUCUGCAGUGAGACUAUUGAUUUAUAAAAGGACAGUAUGGUCAAACAAGGGUUACAUUGAGGACUUGUUGAGAAGGAUGUCUGCUUUGUGCAGCAAGUCGUCUGUCAUGGUUUUUUACAGUCUAUUUGUUAGUGCAUGGUAGCUUUUCCGUACAGCAUUAAAGACCCUUAGCUGCCGAGAUAAUGUUUUUGGAGGUUGAUAAGCUUUCUUAUGUGGUCAUUAGUGAAUGUCUAUGAAGUGCCAAGAAUGUCAAAAGCCAAAAGGUGAUUUGUAACUUUUACAUGUUUGAUAAAGGCAGGUGACGUUUGCUACAGUCAAAAGAAUUGUAACAUUUUACUGAGUGGAGAUAACAGGAUUUUAUUUGUACAAUGUUUUUAAAGCAUUCCAACAUUCCAAUAGAUAGUACUGUGACUGAGUUAAGCACUUAUUAAAUACUACUGAAGUAAUACGUUUUCAAAUUGAGCAAAUAUCAUUGUAAUUAAAUCUCAUGUUGAAUAAAUGGGAUUAAAAUCUAGUUUGACAAACUAUAAACUCUUCAUACCAAUAUGCUAUGUCUUACUUGGAGUUAUGGUGCAGCAGCAGCGCCCUCUACUGUUAAAACACACUAUGUUACCUUUUCCCUCCACAUUUAUCACCAACAGACUGUGCUUCAACAUAUACUGACAGCAUCCUCUGUGACCGGCUUACUAAUUUAUUUAUGUUCAAACAUAACUUUGCU